AUGGUUCAGGGACUACCAGCAGUCGACUGGAAGAAGCCCGAGAACAAUGCCAAGCUCUUCGCUGCAGUCCUAGCUCUCAUCCCUGGAACACCCGACUACAAGAAGAUCGCUGCAGUCUUUGGUGAGUCUUUCUUGAUUGUCACGAGCUCAAAAGCAACUAUUGUGAUCAAUUAUCACAUCGCUACUGCACUUGGCCUCAAUUUCCACAAGACCAAGACUAUAGGAACGGCUGAUGGAAUUUGUUAUAUAGGUCCCAAUGUCCCAGCUAACGCCAUUUCAUACCGCCUCAACGUCGUUCGUAAAGAAGGCGUGGCUUUGGGUCUCAGCCCCGGCUCUGGCUCUUUCUCCACUCCCACCAAAAUCAACAGAGCCGCCAAGCGCGCUGUUCCUGCUGCCACGAACAAUAUGUUGAAGGGAAUGGGCCGUAAGCGUGGAGGGAUGCUGAGCGAUGGGCCGAGCGAUGACCCGGACGUUGCCAUGAACAGCGAGGAAGAGGAGACCGCCGCCGAGACUGACGAUGAGAAGAUUCCCGCUACUCCUAUCCCUUCCGUCAAACGUCAGAAGACCGUAAAUGGCCGUGUCAGCAAGCGUAUCUCUCCUCGCAAGGGCAAGAAAACAGACUACAAGAAGCUUGAUGACCCCUUCGCCACCAUGGACAAUGCCAAAGACGAAAACGGCAACAAUGUCUUCGGCGAACCCAGUGGCACCGAGUGA